AUGGUCCCUGAGCAGAAGGAGCAGAGGAUCUGCAGAGGAGGAUGUUUGGUUGAAGACACAGGGAAAGGGUUCACUAAUGGAGACCACUUGCUAGAGGACUCUGUCAGGCUGCUGGGGGGGACUGGUCUGUGCUCAGGCAGACUGGAGGUGAACUCUGACCCGUCUGACCAGUCUAACCCGUCCUGGUCCUCAGUGUGUGAGACUGACUUUGACCAGCAGGAUGCUCAGGUGGUCUGCCGGCAGCUGGAGACUCGCUGUGCAGGAGACCUGGAGGUGAAACAUCAGGGAGAAUGGAGACCAGUGGUGGGCUCUCACUGGAACCUGAAGGCAGCAGGAGUUCUCUGCAGAGAGCUCGACUGUGGCUCUGCUGUUUCUGUGGGAAGGAGAAAGGAGUCCUUAGAGAGAUCUGUGUGGUGGAUCGACUCUGACUGUGUUCAGUCUGGAUCUGCUCUGAGGGAGUGUGCAGUAUCAUCUUCCUUUCACUACUUCCUGACUCUCACCUGCUCAGAUAAGCUGUUUCAGCCCAACAUCUCUGUGUCCUCCUCCAUGUACGGGGUCUCCGGGGCCCAGCAGCAGGGGUUCCAGGUGUUCAGAGGCUCCACCUUCAGCAUCAGUUGCUCCAUCCAGCCUCAGUACCCAGGAGGCUCCUUCCAGCUCAACUUCACCUCCAUCAACUCAGCAAACAACUUCAACUCAGAGCCAGCUGUCAAUCACUCUGCCCACUUCCUGUUCCCGGCUGCAGAGCCCGCCCACCAGGGAAGCUACAGCUGUGUUUAUCACGUCUCUGCUUUUUCUCAGGACUUCUCCUCUGAGAGCCGUCUGCUCUCCGUCACCGUCACAGAUCCAGAACCUUUUAUCAUCCGAGCCGUCGUCCUGCCGCUGACUCUGCUGCUGGUGCUGCUGGUGACCGUCGGCCUUUACUUCUACUGCAAGGCCACCAGGGGGCGGAGGCCGAGCCGACAGGAGGACAUUGAGCUGGAUUACCUGGGUGUUCCUGCUGAAGAGGAAGGAGCUCAGGGAGCAGAGUAGCAGCUCCAAGGAGCUCCUCUCACACACAUGGGUUUAUCAGCUCUUAUAGCUUUUAACCAACGUUAGAAAAUAUAGCUUUCACUCUGAAAGUCACCAGCAAUGUGUUAGUGCCUCAUGUUUCCUGACUUCCUGUCAGCUCCAAGCCCAUUGGUUCCCACUGAAGAUGAAGAUCUUUAAAAAACAUCACAAGUUAGUUUUAUUUAGAAAAGUCAAUGCAGUCGGUGCAGUUUGAAACCACAGACACACCAACCCAGGCCGCUCAGGAACAGAGUUGGCCAAUGAAUGCCAUAUAUUAAUGUUCAAAUAUCCUCUAAAAACAGUGUUACAAUACCCAGUGUUUGAAUCUCAUGUAGUGAUUCCUGAGAUAACAGGAGGAACGAGUUACAGCGCCACCUAGUGUUGGAUUUGUAGACCUCGAGCACAACAACGUUUUUUUAUAUUCAACAAAUCAGAAAAAGUACAGUUUAUAAAAUGUUACGUUUUUCACAACAAUUCAUCUGAUCAGCGAGAUGGGAUAUUUGAUCCCCUUGUGGGUCACAUGGGUCAUUUCAGCAGCAGGACCAGAUUUAGCUGAACAAUAUACAAAUAGGAAUUGAACAAAAGUAAAUAGUCCAAACACUUCUUAUUUCAUAACAAUGCUGAUUUUAUAUUGAAAAAUGUUAUUUCAGAAGAAUCCAGCUUGAUUUUGGUCUGAAGAGAUUGUUUGUAAAAAAAGAGAAAUCCGAACUUUUUUUUAGAGAAAUCCGAUUAUAUUUGUAAUUUGCCAAAAUGUAUAAGAUUUUAACUUUUCUUUAAUUUUCUUAUUUCACGUGUACUGAGCUCAGUUUUGUAAUCAUUUUCAAUCAUUCAGUAUUUUUCUUACUUUAUAUGAAUUUUAAUUACAUUUUUGAUGGUAUUUGUCUGUAUUUUGUAGUAAUUUAGCUGUUUUUAAGAACUCCACCUAUUGGAGAGCAUUCCCAAAUUCAUAAGAUAUUAAAUACUAACAUGUUGUAAUUAAAAAUUUACAUAAUUUUGUAGAAGUUUCCUUUUUAAAAGGUAAUGUGCUUUGUUACAUGUAUGUGAUCAAGAAAUGUGCUUGUUUUUGUAUUAUUGAGGAUUGUACUUAUUUCACAAGAUGAUCAAUAAUAUGUAAUCAUUACUUUUUGGACUUUUAUGAAACAUUUUAAUUUCUUUAGAAUUUCACUUAUUUUUGUGAUUUAGGAUUUUCCCAAAUUCAGGAGACUAAUUAUUUCGUACUUAAAAUGUUAACAUUGUCCGUAAACAAUUGUUGUGAUUUUGGAACCGAGAAAUGUUUUUGCUUCAUAAGAAUUUUGUUUUCGAUUUUAGAAAAAUAUUGACCAUUAUUUCGUAAUUUUCUUGAUUUUGUUAUGAAGAAUGUUGCUUUUUUUAACACAUUUUUUUGUUGAAGAUUUUUCUUGAUUUCUUGAUGAUUUUUGCAUCACAAAUUCUACUUGAAAAAAUUAAGAGUUUUGACCAAUUUGGUUUCCAUGAGAUUACGAUGAAGCAAAUCGUCUUAAAUUCUGAACACAGCAGAAUCCUCCAGAAAUCAUGACGAUGUUCAACAUCACUGUAAUAAAUGCUGUCAUUUGCUAUGUACCAAAAAAAUAAUAAAACUUCUUUAAUAAUCCA